GGAGAGUUUCUUGUGUCUCACGUGUCAAAACUUUAGUAAAACUGUUUGGCAAGUUUUAGAAGAGAGAAUAUCAAAUCAAAACGACUAAUGAAGAAAGGGGUAAAAUUCAGUUUUUGUUUUUAUUAGUGAAUUCUGUUCACUGUUCAGUUCUAGUGGUCGUGGCUGUGAUUGUCUAGUGGUCGGUACUCUGCGUUGUGAUGGCAGUAACUCUGGGUCUCAGCACGCCCAGUUUACGUUUUAAAGAAAGUCAUUGCUUUCAAAGUACAAUCAAUAUCAAAGAAGAAUGCAAAGGAGUAAACAUUAAAUAACUAGAGAUGAAUGUGGAGGGAAAUGCAUGUCCCUUAAUUGUAUUUUAGUGAAUGAGGUUAAUUACCUCCCAGGGUGACAUCAUGCAGUAUUUCCUGCAGAACAACCAGAAGAUCUGCAUUCCACAGCUUCACUCCUCCUCCUCCUCCUCCUCCUCCUCCUCCUCCUCCCUGGCUGUAGGUGAGUGUUUAGGUCACAGACACUGAGCCGUCCACUGGCCUGGACUCACAACAGAGAGAAUUACAAGGAAGCAUCAAUGAAACCGAGAGAAGCUUGAACUACGAGGUGGGGCAGAGCCGGGCCAUGGAGCUGAAGGUGUGGGUGGAGGGCGUGGUCAGAGUGGUGUGCGGCCUGUCACUGAACACGCCCUGUCAGGAUGUGGUCAUAGCUCUUGCACAAUCAAUCGGUCAGACAGGUCGAUACAUUCUCAUCUCCAAGCUUCGAGGGAACGAGAGACACUUGGUUGCAGAUGACUGUCCCCUGCAGCAUCUGGCUCAGCUGGGACAGCUGGCGGCUGAGGUCCAGUUCAUUCUGAGGAGGACAGGCCCCAGCCUCAGUGAGGGACAAGACACACCGAGCAGUAAGAGACGUCUUCCCCUGCUAAUACCGUCAGAACCAGAGCCCAUCAAGCACAAGUUGCCACAAAAGGCUCUGACCUUCAAUCUGGGUCCUUCAACAAUAGCCAGGAGGACUAAACCAAACGGGGCCUGGUCUCCUUCACCCAGAGCUUCACCCGAACCACAGACGUCUCCGGUCUCUUUCCUUGAGCUUCCUCCUAGUUCUGUGAAGGCUCUUUCCUCGCACUCCUACAAAGAGGAUGUGUUUAAUCAGAUUCUGCAGCAACAAAGGAGACUAGAGGACCUGGAGAUUCAGCUCCAAGCUUUGGAGAGAGAGUCGGACUCAUGGGAGCAGAAGAUUUCAUCUGCUGUGGUUCCAAGUCAGAGUCUAAACCUCCCAGAACUACUGGAAGAACUGGAGCAGCAGCUGAGGCAGAACGAGGAGGAGCUGAGGCUCGGAGAGAGGUUGGAAGAACAGUUCCAGGCUGAGAUGGAAAGAGAACGAGACGUGCACAGACGUCUGCAACAGAUACACUCGUCCAUGGAGGAGCAAAGUUAUGAGAUGAGGGAAAUCCAAACCCAUUCUGCACAUCUGGAAAAGGACCUGCAGCUCAGAGCCCACAGACAGAGUCCUCAACUAGGGACUCCGCUACCAGAGGAAGCACUGAGGUCCCUGAACCAGGAGCUUCACAACCGCCUGCAGCUGGGAGAGGAACUGGAUGCAACGUUGUCAAAGACAGAGAGGGCGCUACAGUCUGCAGAGAAAAGGGUAAAGGACAGACGGGAGACCCUCGAGGAUCUGAACAAGGAGCUGAGACAGUGUAACCUGCAGCAGUUCAUCCAGCAGACUGGAUCUGGAGCUCCAUACACAGACCAGAUGAACUCUCUGACCAUCGGUGAAGUUUACCUCAGCAACGCUGGUAUCAUGGAGUAAUCAGUCGAGAUGCUGUUCCUGCACGUGAUCCUCCGCUGCAGCGUCCAUUUAUAAAAGUCAAACAUGAAAUAUGAAGAAGAUUUAACUGUCAAUGAAAGAAAGUUUCAUCCUCACGGAUCAUAUGAAGAAAUAAAUGCAGCAGAACAGACUGAAACUGUAUUUAAUGUGAACUUAAAGUAAGAGAGACAAUAUCCACUUUUGAAGAAGUUCAGAUAAAAAUAAAAUGCAGGAGCACUGUGACUGCAGGACAUGGACUAGAAGAAUAACAUGAUGAAUAAGUCAGAAACCUUUAACACCGUCCAUACUCUGCUGUAUAUGUGUGUGAUGAGCCAGUGAAAACUAAAUUAAUCUUUAACGUUGUCUACCUGUCACUUUAAUUCUGUAUUGGAGUUCAAUGCAAUUCGUAUUAUAUAUUUGUUAUUUUUUGUAUCUAAACACAAUGCAUGUAUUAGUUUUAACACAAUUAAAGCUCAUGUGAAGCAGCUGCUUGUCUUUGCUCCACCAGAGGACGCCAAAGCUUCAUUCUACCCUGUGUGUUUCUUGUAAAUAAAGAAAUCAGAACUCUG